AUGGCGCUAGCAGAAGACAUUUUCGUCGGUUUCGACGUUUCCGACGAGGACAAGCCGUUCCUCCUCAACGUGCUUCUCGCACCCGGCACACCGUGGGAUGAGAAGCUAGCCAUCUAUGACCUCGGCCUCUUUAGCGGAUACGAGGACUGGAACCUGAUGCUGGAGAGUGCGGCCUCAUUGAAGGAGAAGGACCUGGCUCGCUCGCCGCUUGAUGCACGAGAUAUUCUAGCCUACAUCCCCCGAGUUAAAGAAACCACGCUAGCCGCCGAGAAGCUACGCCAGGGUUGGGCAGCGACUGACCAGUCCAUCAAGAAUCUGGCCGCACUGCUGCGGGUUCAUCGAUCAGGCCACACUGUUGAGCCCCAGCCUCGACCUCCAUCUCAGCCCGCCGUCAUCAAGAGGGAGCGAGUUGUCAAGCGAGAAGUGGUUGCCCCCAAACGCGGACGGGAAGAAGAAGAUGACGAUGAGGAGGCCGAGCCCAAGCAGCGAGUCAAGCGGCACAGGGCCGCUCCCAAGCCAUCCACAUCUCACUAUUUCGCGCCUCUCGCGGAUGAGCAAUUGCCACGCACCAGACCCGAGCAGCAAUCAGUAACUCCGUCACCCGUCGACACGGCCCAGACUGUCACCUCGGCACUCAUCCGCAACGGUAUCGCCACGCCCAAUCCCACACCUCGCAAGCAAUCCCAGGAAAACGAGGCCCCGAAGGAGGGCACCACCGCCGGGCAAGACCCGCUCCACCCGCAAGUCACGACCCAAAAUUCCGGCGCUGCAGCUAGCGAAACCAACGACGAUAACUCUGGCGCUUUAAAAGCCAGCGGCCCGCAGACAGCCGGGAGUCUUCGGGCGCAGCCCAUCUCCAACGAACUCGUCCGAAUUAUUGUCCCCGGAGGAGCUGAGACGGGUCAAGUCAGAGAACUAGCUCCCUCGGAGCCCUCGCCGAGACGGAAAACCGCCAUCAAGUCGCCGUUCUUCGGUCAGCCGCAGACUAAGCCGUCUCCUAGAUCGAAACGCGUCGGUGGUCUUGUGUCCACGAUCCCCUUCCCGCCGCUAUCGGCCCCGCGCUUUGGUCUGAUCCAGGAAGAGUUCGCCCAUGAACCUUUUUGGCUGCUUGUGGUUGUGACUUUCCUCGUCAAGACGGCCGGGACGCUGGCCAUCCCUACGUUUUACAAGGUCAAGGAGCGGUUCCCAACACCGAUUGAUCUGGCUGAGCCGGAGGCGACCACGACGAUUGUGGGCAUGAUCCAUCACUUGGGUCUUUCAAUUGUACGAACAGCGGCAAUACAGCGAUACGCCCGACUUUGGCUCGAGAAGCCACCGACAGCAGGCGUUGUUUAUAGAGUGAAGAACUACGAUAAAAGAGACGUCGAAUUGGAAACACUGCGGCCCGAUAGUGACGAGGAUUCUCUCGAACUCACUACUGGACACGCCGGAGAAGCUGGCGAGGCGUGGGAGAUGGGUCACUUUACCCAAGGCAAAUACGCUCUCGACAGCUGGCGCAUAUUUUGCCGAGACGAGCUCCUGGGACGGGCAGAGGACUGGAACGGUAAAGGCGCCGCCCCCAACUUCCAACCCGAGUGGAUGAGAGUACGACCAGACGACAAGGAGCUUCGGGCGUGUCUGCGGUGGAUGUGGAUGCGCGAAGGCUGGGAAUGGGAUCCCGCGACGGGAGAAAAGACGGUUCUUCGGGAUGAGAUGCGAAGAGCUGUGAAUGAAGGGCGAGUGGACUAUGACAACGCGGGCGAAUUGGUGAUUCUCGACGAGCCGCGGUCAGGCUAG